CCCGGCUGGCAAGGUCAGCACCACACCCGCUCGUUACCCGUGUGUGUGAGAUGGGCGUAUUAUCCGGGGGCAAAUUGAUAGUGAAUCCAAGCAAAUCUCCCUCACGAAUACGAGACGGGCAUCAAAACACCCCGUGAAGCAACGACUCGCCAUGUAUCAACAAAUUGACGGUCACCCUGCAUGCAACGAACACCGCAUCACACUCAGUCCGACCGACUGCCUCUCUCUUUGGUCCCCCCUCCCCCAGCCCCACUACAUCUCACUGCAUCUUUGGGCUCGAGAAAGGGCAGAAUGGCCCUCUCUGCUCAUCGCUCGCCAGCAGCCUUAUUGGGUCCCUGUUGAUGAAGCAGUUGACGGCAUACUUGACGGAGGAUGUCGGGGGCAGUCCCUGGUGCAUCAUGCGGUAGUCGGCCGAGCCGUCAGGGUUGAUAUUCGACCACACUAACGCCAUGCCUUUUGAGACACAUCCACACAUCCAUCCAUCCAUUCAUCCAUCCAUCGUCGCUGUGCAGCGGUAUGUAUGAACCUUUCUGUGGUUUGAUAGCGAGUGGUUUGGGUAGGUCUGGGAAGUCUGUCUGGCCACCCUCAUCCACAUCUGCACACACGCACACACACAGGGAUCAGACAGGGAAGGAAAGACAGAGAGACACGCAAUGUUGAACCAGGCAGUUACCAUUGAGAUAGAGAAGGACCGUCUGUGGUCGAAAGUCUCUGAGAGCCCGCCCACCAAUGACACCAAUGACAGACAGGCAGCAAAACGAAUGCGGUCUCCGCGCUCUGCAUGCACAGUCCCUUCUGGCAAUCUCUUCUCACCCGUCAUGAUGCAUAGCAAAGAACUCCCCCGGUUCAUACUUGACAACCACCAACUGCUCCACGUAAGCAAGAGGCACACACGCUAUCUGCACCGGCAAACACACCCAACACACAGAGACGCGCAAGCAGCCUCUGCAUCGAUUCACUGAUCCAGCUGUUCGUGUGCGUGUCUGUCUGUCUGACAUACCUUUGCGACUUUCUCCUCAAUAAUGCUGAGCGUGCGUGUCUCGCCACUCAUCAGGCGAGCUGACAGCGACGUCCUGUUUACCGACCGGCCACUCUCAUACGAUUGCUGCAAUAUCCACAUACACACACAGAGAGAAGAGAGAGAGAGAGAGAGAGAGAGAGAGACCACAAUGGGAUGCGGCUGGCUGCAUGUGUUGCAGACAGGCAUGAAGGCCUCACUUGUUGGGCUCCUUCUUUACCCAGAGACGUCAGAGAGGUCAGAAACCGCCCCGCCGACAGCCGAAUCAGAUGCUCGCACUCACAAUCAGAGAGAAACGAAGGAUACGCCCACAUGUCGGGGUCCCUGUGCACCAGAGUCCCCUUGAGACGCACUACAAUGCUCCCCCUGUUGGCCCCGUCCUCCUGCUUGGCGGCAUGACUUGGAAGCGCUUGCAGGGGGGCGAUUUGAAUGGGGCUCUCAGCGAGAGGGAUUGGCUCAUCGCCGUGGUGGGCCCCGGUCAUCCAGGUGGGCCUGGAUAGAGCCGGGAGCCUCCUUCUAUCCAUGAAAGAC